AACAAAAAUCUUGAAUAGUGUCAACAGAGUAGAAUUCCUUGUAUAUAAAUAUCUCGAGUUCAAUACCACGAUAACCUAGAUUCUUUGGCAUUUUUUCAUCUGGUUUGAGUGUCGGGCUUUUGUGGCGGGAAUCUUCCAUGCCCAUAUGCGUGAGACAGAACAGUUUUGCCAUAUAGCAGAGAGCAUCUUCAUAUCCGAUUGAGGACUACAUAACAGCCGGAAGAAAGCGUUUCCAAAUUUGAUUGAGGCGCGUAACCAUCUAAGCAUAACAACAUGGGUGUUUUAGGAAUCGCCAUGUCAACGGCAGCUUGCCAGGUGCUGGGUUUUGCUUGGUAUGGGCCUCUCUUUGGUUCGGUAUGGGUCAGAAAUUGUGGCCGAAGAAAGGAAGACAUUGACCGAUAUGGCAACAGUCGUUGGAUCAUGCUCGUUCCUGCUCUGUCCAAGAUAGGAUCAUCAAUCAUCAUUGGACAUGUGCUAAAGGACCAUCUGGGCGUGACGACUGUGCCUGAUGCCUGUAAGAUGGUUUUGCCCUGUCAGUCAUCAUCGCACUUUACAGUGCAUGCCACUCCCCUUUCAUAG